AGCGAUCCGAUCGAUCCGAUCGAAAUCGCACCAGCGCAACCCCGUUGGCAGAAACUCGGCGCAGCCCGCCUCUCCGUCAUCACCCUUGCAUCGGCAGCACUGCGAAUCGCAGCGACACACGUCCGCCCACUUGUCUCCAGCGCCACCAUGUUCGCAACCCGACUUCCCAGAAUCGUGCCGUGGUCCAACUUUGACGAAUGGCUCGAGACCUAUCAGCUGCUUUUCUCCGAUCCGUCCAUGCCUGACAAACGGGCGGAGGGCGUUCGAAGGGUGAAGGCGUGGUCAUCAAGAGGCAAAGUGCCGCAUGCCGUUGAAUCGACCGCCGGUCUCGUCGAGGUCUGGCUGAGGGACGGGUGCGGCGGUGCCUUUAUUCCGUCGAUCAGCGAGCUCGAAAUCCGGCUUAUGUACACCAUGGUGUUCAUUAGAUUCGUCAACGGCAUCACCGACGUUGCCCAAAAGGGCUCAUAUGCCUCCUCUGUAUCCUAUCUGGCGGGUUCUAUGGGACUCCCGUCGUGGUUUGUGGAGCUCCGGCAUUCCGGCACUCACGACCAGCUGCCGGGCUUGACCAUUCUCAGAUCCGGGUGUCUUCAGGCACUCACUUGGCUCGAAGAAAACUACUGGAAGCUGCAGAAGACCGAGGAGACCAACACAGCCGUUCAGAUCCAAGACAUGUUGGUCCAAUACAAGUUGAACAGAAAGGCACAAAUCAAGUCUGGACGAGGAGUCGAUUCUCUCGAUAGCACAGCCUCUGCUCUGCUCGUGGACAUAUCAACCGUCCUGAUCUCCGACAGCUUUCAGUCGAUCCUCAUUCCUGCUCUCAUGGAGACAGGCACGCUGGUUCCCACAGCAGUAAGGAAACGAUGCCCGUCCGAUGACUGCGUGCUACCAACCGAGCUCGUCCAGCUCUGGCACCCUCUCCUCGAGCGCUAUGACCAUCACUGGGCCGAUUUCACGCAGUCGCUCUUGAGAGCUAUUAUUGAAAGUUGUGGCAAGUCUGGUAUCGCUACAGCACCCCAAGUCGCACCAGCCCCGUCGGUUGAUGAGGAGUCGGGCACUCCAAACACCGAUGACAGUGCCUCCCUUUCAUAUGCUCGCACGCUUGCCGGCUGGGGCUGCCAUAUUGUGCAGAGCUUCAUUGCCCCCAAAGCCGUCGAUGACGACCAAAUUCAAGAUCUAGUCGAAGCUUGUGCCCGAAACUCCUCUGUGCACAACAAAAUGAUUCUGCAGGAGCUCGCCAAGGCAGCGCCAGCGAUUCAAGAACGUGUGCUGCCGAUUCUCAAGUACAUGUCGGUGCAGGACACUCUGAGUGAGCUUGCCGAGACAUCGGACCAAGACAUGAGCACCAACGAUUCGAUGGACGACGAGCUCGACAGCCAAGAGGGCAUUCACCAUCUGUCGGAGCUGCAGAACGUGCUGCCCGAUGCUGGUUCUGCCCCUGAGACAGCGGCCAAUUCGUCGCUCGAGGAGAAUACCGAGGCUCCGGGUCCAUCCGUUUCGAGUUGGACACGGAUGCCAAAAACCUGGCGACCCAGUCCCAUCGGGACACUCUCGGGAGGCACAUUCCCAUCACUGGAUCUUCCAGCCGAGUUCGAUGACGUUGCGUUCCUGCAAGAACAGGGUAUUCUCUGCAUCCCGCUGGAUGAGGAUGCCAAAGAAGCUGCAGCGUCCGAAGCGAAUGAAAACCACGAGCACCAUGGGAACCAAGGGGUCGUUCCAUUGGCAUCAAACUCGGCAGCUCAAGUUCAUCCGCAUAACAGCGAGCAAAGCCUCCUGGCGAUUUCCAGCAACAUUUCGCUCUUUUGAAGCCAGAACUCUUCCUUUUCUUGCCGUCGAGCGCGAGCAGUUCGGAUC